AUGGCCAAAAGACCAGAUCCGAAUGAGAUAAAAUAUGUGUACAUCCGACAAGUAGGAGGAGAAGUAGGAGCCUCAUCAGUGUUAUCACCCAAGUUAGGUCCCCUUGGAUUAUCCCCCAAAAAAAUUGGUGAUGAUAUAGCGAAAGAAACACAAUCAUGGAAAGGGUUAAAAAUAUGUGUAAAAUUGACGAUACAAAAUAGACAAGCGAAAAUUGAAGUAGUUCCAACAUCUGCCUCUUUAGUAUUAAAAGAAUUAAAUGAAGCACCAAGGGAUCGAAAAAAAGUUAAAAAUAUUAAACACAAUGGAAAUUUAAAAAUAGAACAAGUAUAUUCUAUAGCUAGAAUCAUGAAAGAUAAGUCGAGAGCCAAAGAAUUUAAAGGAACUGUUAAAGAAAUUUUAGGUACAUGUAAUUCCAUUGGUUGUACCGUAGAUGGAAAGAAACCAACAACUGUUCAGGAGAUGAUAGAUUCAGGAGAAAUCGAUGUCCCAGACAACUGA